CAUUCAUAAGCUUUUGCUAUAACAUGUACUCUCUCUGCCUUCGCUCGCCUCGGUUGAAAUCUCUUCUCCUUCUAGAACAUGAUGACGCCUUUGGAUAGCUGGCCACGGACCCACCAUGAACUGCUGCAGCACUAUCACGCUCAGUUCGACGAAGGCAUUCGAUCAGGCCAAUUCCGGCCUUUUGUUUACCCUUCGGGCAUAUUCGGGGCACUAGUAGUCCUGAUCUACCUCUUGGUUCCACAUCACCACCGUCCAUGGCUACGCAGGGCACGUUUCCUCGCAUGGGUCUGGAUUGCGGCGGUUGCUGCGUACUCAAUCAAAUAUACGCGGGCGAAGAACAUGGCCCCGGCUUUUGGGUUAGGUCUAAUCUCCGCAUGGGCUGUGAUUUGGCUAAUGGCGGUGUUGGUGUGUAACGAUGCACAGACCGAUUUUCAGAGAAUUGAAAGGACAGAAGGAGCUUUCAAGCAGAAUAUCAAAGAGAAGGGUGUCACGAAUGGAGGGGCUGGGAUCACCCAAAAAGGGCGGAACGAAAGGAAUGGUGAACCUAAAAUGUCUUCUCCAAACGGCUUCGUGGAACACCACGAACAUCUCGGACCUAGCAAGCGGCACGGCGAAUUUGCAUGGCAGCCAUACCCUCUGGAACCCUUUGUCGAACGUCUGGAUUGGGUCCUGGAUGUCUUUUGUAAUUUCAGGGGAAUGGGCUGGAAUUGGCGCAUAUCGAGCAUCCCCCCACCGCCGAAAUGGGUACAAGAGCAGUUGCAUCGAAAUUCUCCAAAUCUGCCACAGCACUCCCACCGCCUCCACGCCGGACAAUCUCACGCGUACUCAACCCGACGCAACCUCAUUCUUGCAAAUAUUAAGACGCUGCUAAUAGGCUAUGUAACACUAGAUGCUCUAAAAACGCUUAUGAACCACGACCCUUACUUUUGGGGUCUCGUAGAUCACGCUCCUCCUCCCUAUUUUCCUUCACUUUUACUACAUCAUCCAAUAGUACUCCGGCUAUAUCGUCUAGCUGUCUCCCAAUACAUGAUCAAAGCGUCCCUAGAAAGCAUAUUCGCGCUCGCGCCGCUCUUUUUCUCUGGCGUGCUCGGACCUUCAUUGAUCGGAGCACGUGCCGAACCUUGGAUGUACCCAGAAGCAUGGGGUUCCUACUGGACUGUUUUCGACCGCGGAUUGGCUGGUUGGUGGGCGAGCUGGUGGCAUCAGACCUUCCGUUUCGCUUUUGAAGAGCCAAGCCGCAAGCUGAUCGAAAUGAUUGGUAUGAACAAAAGAAGCGCCCUUGCAAGAGCACUACAAUUAGUGGUUGCUUUUGCACUAUCAGGCUUUCUCCAUGCUUGUGGCAGCUAUACCCAACCAGGUCCGUCGCGACCUCUGCUAGGACCAAUGCGAUAUUUCUUGUUCCAAGCUUUAGCUAUCUUCCUCGAAGGCUAUCUUUCAAUAAUCCUCCGGCGCACGGGAAUACAGCGACGAGUGCCGAAAUGGCUGAUGCAAACAUUUACGUUUGCCUACGUACAUUUUUGGUUCUAUCACACUUCGCCACUUUUAUGUGAUGACUUCGCACGAGGGGGCAUCUGGCUAUACGAACCAAUACCAAUCUCGCUCUUCCGGGGAUUGGGAUUCGGAGUUGAGGGAGAUAAAUCGUGGUGUUGGGGUGGAGACUGGUUUUACCCUAAUCGCAAUACACCAGUCUGA